AUGUCCCACAAACAAAUCUAUUAUUCGGACAAAUACGACGAGGAGUUCGAGUACCGGCAUGCCGUAUUGCCCAAGGACAUAGCCAACCUGGUCCCGAAAACCCACUUGAUGUCUGAAUCUGAAUGGAGGAAGCUCGGCGUUCAGCAGAGUCAGGGAUGGGUCCACUAUAUGAUCCAUGAACCAGAACCUCACAUCUUACUGUUCCCGCAGCCACUGCCCAAGAAGCCAAAGAAAUGAAGCCAGCGAACCGCCUUCCGGCCUCGAGCUUUCCACAGCUGUCCUCACUCCCUACCAUCUUUCUGAUCGGGUGACCAUGUUGCUUUCUUAUUUCUCACUUUGAUAUGUAAAGGAUACACUGUUUGAAUGUGCUGGUAUCUGCUUUGCUUCUGGAGUUGAGCCACCAGUGCCACAGCCCUGUCAGAUGAGUGUGACCAUAUUAGU